AUGGCUGACAAAAAUAAUGUAGGUGAACAGACGACAGACGAACCAUCCACAUCUAGCGUGAGGGACUUUCUACAGGAGUCACGCGAAGACAAACGUGUUCGUGGGUUGAAAUUAUCACGCAAAGCCGAAAGCGGAGUAAUAACUCGAAUCACAAAACGAAUCGAACCGCUACUAUGUGACCCAACGAAAGUACUAGAGGCCAAGAUAGGGUUGGAUGAUGACAUACCACCAAAACAGCAUAAACAAUGGAAGAAGUGGUUAGAAAGCCUACCACAACUAGAAUCAGAAUUCAGAAUCAACAGGUGCAUGAAACCAUUAGACUACGACAGAGCACAACAUGCUGAGUUGCACCAUUUUUCAGACGCAAGCGAGAGUGGUUACGGAGCUGUCUCUUACAUUAGAAUAAUCAAUCACAGCAAUGAGAUCAACUGUGCCUUACUUAUGUCAAAGGCUAGGGUUGCACCGCUCAAGCAAAUAACAAUACCAUGCAUGGAAUUAACUGCGGCAACAGUAGCUAAACGAUUGGACAAAAUGUUAAGAAGAGAAUUAGACAUUGUUGUACAUAACUCAUACUCAUAA